GAUAGAUUCAUUUGUCUAAUAUGUCAUUGUGUGAUGAAAGAGCCUCAUAUUGUCACAUGCUGUUGUAACAAGAUGUGUCGUGACUGUAUACAACGUGUACAUCAUUCAAGUCAACCUUGUCCCACUUGUCGUGAACCUAAUUUCAGUAUUUUCUUAGAGAAACGGCUCAACAGUGAAAUACUUGACUUGAAGGUUCGUUGUACCCACCACAACAAUGGAUGUGAGUGGGUGGGAGAGUUAAGAGAUCUAAAGAAACACACCAAUCCAGUGGAUGGCAGCUGUGGGUUUGUUCAAGUAAAGUGUCCUUUUGGUUGCCCUGUACCAUAUCUUCGUAAAGAUACAAUUGAUCAUGAAUCUGUCUGUACUAAUCUUCCACCAGAGAAGCAGAUUAAGAGAACAAUGAGAAUAACUGAUCAGUUUAAAGAAGAAUUACAAGCUACACUGAGUCAAUUUCAAGAGCUGUAUAAAUCAGAAUCAGCCCGUGUUAAUGAGUUAACCACUCAACUUGAGGAUACGAAAGAGAAAAUGAAGAGCCAGUUUGAAGCAGAGAAGAAGCAGCUACUGGAAGAAUCGAAGCAACAGAUUGCACUGCUUACUCAAGAAUUAAAGAUGAAGAAUGAAGAGCAUCAACAGCAAAUGAUGCAGUUGCAGCAGGAAUCUAAGAAAAAACAAAAAGAAAUAUUGGAAGCUUCAAAUAAGCAAUUAGCUGAGUUGAAGGAGAAAAUGGAAAAGCAGCAUCAAAGGCAACUAACUGAUAUAAAGGACAAAAUGUCUAUUGAAUUAAAGGAGCUACUCGAGGAAUCCAAGCAACAGAUCACAAUGCUUACUCAAGAAAUGAAAAUGAAGAAUGAGGAGCAUCAACAGCAAAUGAUGCAAUUACAACAAGAAUUUAAAAAGAAAGAAAAAGAGAGAUCAGAAGCUGUCAAUAAGCAUUUAGCUGAGUUGAAGGAGAAAGAGAAACAGAUGAAGAAACAGCAUCAAAAGGAGCUCAUUGAUAUAAAGGAUAAACUGUCUACCGAAUUGAAGGAGCUUUAUCAUGAUGAACACAAGCAAAGAAUGGAAGAAAGCAAAGAACAAUCAAAGAAUAUUCAUCAGGAAUUAAAGCAGCACUAUGAUGAGGAGUACCAACAACAACUUAAAGAAGCUAAAAGAACACUUGAAUUAGAAAAGAGAAAGCAACUUGAAGAAGUGAGGAUUGUGUUAGCAGCUGAGAAAGAAAAAUUAAUAACCGAAUAUGUAGAAGAAUGUAAGAAGGCAACAGCUGUAAUCCAAACAAAUCUACCACAUCAUGCACAACAUAAUCAAGCAAUGCAUACACACAAUACAGUCAACCCUGUACCAGAGCAGGUUCCUCAUGAGGGAGGUAGCAAUGAAGGAGCAGCAGCCACUGGGGGCAGUAGUGCUGGUGAUGGUAAGACCUUUACUGGUCUUAGUAAAGAUGUUCUUCUGCUUAUGCCUAAAGUUCGUGAGGAUUGCUCUAAGAAUAUGCAAUUCUUCCCUGAGGAAGGAAAAGCAAUUAUUAUAGCAUCUUCAGAGGAAGAGAGGGAGCAAUGUGUAAUGCAAUUUCAAAAUACGUAUCAAGAAAUCAUUAAAAAUCGUCAGUUGAAGUCUGGCAGUCUUGAAAUACCACCUGCCUUUCAAAUAGAAAAUAUGUUUGGUUUAUUGGAUGAGUUUGAAGCUAAAUAUAGUCAAUGUCACUUCUCGUGUGAUCAGAAAGCUCGAGUGGUUAGGAUAGUAUCAAUGUCAUCACGUCAAUUUGAUCAGGCAAAGAAGCUACUAGGUGAUCGACUGACAAGAGAGAAAUGGGAAGAGAAAACAGGAAAGAAUAAAGGAGGAGGAGGCAAACCUGGGAAAGAAGCCAUGGGAUUUAAAAUAUCAACCAGACCUGGUUCGUCUGAAGUAUUAUCACUGAAUAAAAAUCGUAAGCUUACAGUAAAACAAGGCAAUUUAGUAGAAGAAGAUGCCGAGAUAAUUGUUAAUGCUGCCAAUGGCCAGCUAAAGCAUGCAGGAGGAGUUGCUCUUGCUUUAAAUAAAGCAACUAAUGGUGAGCUGCAAAAGUUAUCUGAUGUUUACACGAGGAAUUAU